AUGGGUCCGGGCCCAGGGGACAUGGGUCCGGGCCCGAAGGACCUGCGAUGCCCAGGAAAGUACUGCGGAUGGAAUUACCAGAAGAUCAGCAAAAACAAGGGUUCCUUCUUCUACGUUAUCGACGAUCUCAACCACCAGGGUUCCUUUGACAAGAGGCGCGUUGCCGAGUGGGAGAAGCAGGUCCUGUUCGCCAUUGCAAUGCAGGAAACCGAGACAAUGAGCGGUGGGGACCUAAGCAGAUGCUGUGGCGAUGCUGAGAAUUUCAGCAUCCUCAAUGUGAAUUGGAAGUGCCUUGACUUGGCGGGUUACAGCGGGAGCCAGGCCGACCUCAGUAAAAAAGAUGACGAGGGCAAGCUGAGAGAGGCAAGAGUGCUCCCAUACUUUGUCAAGUGGAUGAGGGGUGAAGCCAAGUACAGAAACAAGCCUCAGAUUGGGGCAGACAAAGGACAGGGCCUUGCAUCAGCCCUGAACUUUCAUCGUGGGGGACCUUGCGGCUACUGCGACCCCUCCAAUCCACAGCUGAACUGCCAGGGCUACAGAGAUGCCAUUGCUUCGUUGUUCUACCUCAUCUCCAAGUACUCUGACAAGAAAGACAACAUCUGGGACAACAAUAAGCGCAUCGGGAUCGAUGUGCCAUACACCAACAUCAGCUGCCCUGCAAACUGCUGA